UCCAUUUAUUUCAAACUGAACAGUGAACACUCACAACAUUUGGCGUACUGCUUCCACCAUCGCAGUGAUCUCUUUGUCAAAUUCUGGAGUUUUGCAGAAAUGGCUCGUCUGCUACUCCCACUCUGAGUGCACUCUCAUGCACUAUAACACCACUUACGUCUUACUUUCCCGCCCAUUUUAGAAGUUUUUGUAUUUACACCCGAAGCAACUCCUCCUUUCUUCUGCAGUCUCUUCCUCUGAGAAAAUGGUCAGCAAUCGAAUCUGCUUUUGUUGGCACAAAUACAUACCAAUGAUCAUAUAUUUCCUUACUCUCUUCGCGUCAACCUCAAUCUUCACUCAGGAAGGGUUCAUGGCUGAAGGCAGAACAAUUCCCACGUUAACUGAGGCUUCAAAGAGGGGCAUGGAAGAGCAGGGGUUUGUAAGGGAGUCGAAAGCUCAGAUAGGAUCAAGGCCUCCGAGGUGUGAAGGAAGAUGCAGGAGCUGUGGACGUUGUGAAGCGGUUCAGGUGCCGGUUAUACCUCAAGUCCAGAGCCACAGCAGAAGCAGAACAACAAAUUCUGCAACAACAGCCAUUCCACACUCCAGAGGCGAUGACCUUUCCAACUACAAACCCAUGAGUUGGAAAUGCAAGUGUGGCAACUUCUUUUUCAAUCCAUGAUUCACAAAACAGGUCCCAUACAUUUUUUGGGGAGCAACAAAAUUGUAUCACUUCAGCGAAAAAUACUCAUUAUUCUCCGCCGUAUAGGGUAGAGAUUUAGGUUUAGCAACUCUUAUAUUGUACGUAUCUCUGGCUCCUUUUUUUGUUUAUUUAUGAGAAUGUCCGGUUCAUAAACGUAUCAAAGUCUGGAACUGGAUGAGGGUUUUUUCACUUAUUGUAAUUACGUCGGCAGUUCUCAGCUCACAAGCGAGAAUUGUAAUAACUAAUGAGGCGUUUUUGUCGUAUAAUCUACGUUAGCGUCUGUAAUUUAAAAAAA